AUGGACAACUUCACAGACUCUAUUGACGAUAUUUCUCUAGACGAUUUAUUCCCAAACGGAGAUUAUUCAAGUAUUUUCAAUAGUUUUCCAUUUAGUAAUACUGUAGGAUUGAAUGAUGAUAAUCCAAAUGAUUUUUUAUCAUCCUUACUAUCUAUUAGUAACGAUGAUACAUAUCCUGAAACUACAAAUGGAAAUACUUCAUCAGAACUCUUUCGUUUUUCAUCAGAUGAACAACGAGAUAACCGUGCAAUUAUUGAUGAUAGGCAGAUGAUUCCAAAUCCAACUUUAGAUCAAAAUCUGGAUAUUAUAAAUAUGCCGAUGUUCCAACAAAUUAUUGAAAAUUCAAAUGCAUUAAUGUAUCAAAUGAAUCCAUUUAUAUUUGAAAUUAUUGAUAGUGUCAUGUUUGUUAAACAACAACCGAAGGCAAAUAAUCGUAUACGUUAUGAAUGUGAUGGUUCACGAUUUUUGCCAGACUCACGAUAUCAUCCAAUGUCAAUUAAUUUACCAAAUUUGCAACAUAUUUUAUCAGCUAAAAAUCAAACGUUGGGAAUUAUUAUGACGAUAGUAACAAGUACAGAUAAUCCCAACAAUCAAACAUUUGUUCAUGCUAAUGAUAUUAUUUAUCGUGAAGCAGAUAUGAUAAAAAUUGCAUACGGAUGUAUAUUUAUUCCUUUAAGACAAUCUGACAUAAAUAAUGGCGAAAAAGAAUUUCGACGUCUGUCAAUUUUAUAUAAAAAAUAUAAUGACUAUACGUUUGAUCUUACACCAUUUAAUACAAAUACAAUGUUUGGAACAACAGAGAAAUAUACAAUCUUAAAUGAUCACAACAUGGAAAAAGUUCCGAAAGUAAAGUGUUUUAAAAAGAAUUAUGAUCUAUUAUCAUACAAGUUGGUUUUUCAACUUGCUUUAAAAGAAGAUAAUAUGAUAUUUAUUUCGAAUAUUACAUGUGAAACUGAAAUUGUUCAUGAACAAAUAAUGACACAAAAAUCUAGUAAACGAACAGCAUCAUGUUCAACUGAAAGUCUUUCAGAAGAAGAGUCUAAUUUCGAAAUGCAAAUUUCGAAUUCAUCGAAAAGAUUUAAAUCAUCAACACCACCGUUAAUUGGACUUCCGGUGAUACGUGUUUCAAACCAGUGUAUUAAUUCCGACAUGGAUCAUCAACAAUGA